CCGCUUUAACUCUGGUUUCUGGGCUCAGUGCGCGAACAACUCCACAUCGAGGUGUGACACGAGUGGUGUAGGAGAAAGAUUGUUCGUCCAAGAAAACGCAUUGCAAGCUGCAUCUUCAGCCAUCUCAUAACCCUAAGAUUUCUUACGCUCUCAUUUGCAAGAAGUUUGGUAAUUUGAAAGCACCAUUCUAGAAGCUACAUCCAUGGUUUGGAGCGGAAUAACUGAAACAGAGAGAACAAUCCACUAAUGGCUGAUUCCACUCCGACCGCAACUCCUUCAAACGACAACGAAUCAUGCGUUUACCAACGAACGGUCACUUUAUAUGAUUGGUGGUUGAUUAAAGCCACAAACGACUUCCAAGGAAAGCGUUUAGCUGUUGCAGGCGUCUCAUCGAGAAAGGAUGAGGCCAUGCGCGUGUUUGUUUCUGCUCCCGUUAUCAAAAGAUACGACAUGUUUUCUCUCAAGACUGCGGAUGGGAUAUACCUUUUAAUGAGUGGUUUCAUCAACGAGCAGCGCAGUGUUGAAAACGGUUUCGACCCUCAGGUUUUGGACCGAUUUUUAUUUGGCUUCCCUCCGGACUGGGAAAGCCAUGCUCUAGAUUUCUCCAAAGAAGAAUCAACCACGGGGAAUGAUUUGGGUAGUGCUUGUCUUGAUGACGUACCGGCUAGCUGUCCAGAAAUUUUAUCUGAUGUUGCUAUCGCAGGUGUGGAAAAUUGCAUUCCUACUUUUUCUGCAUCACCGGAAAAGGCGCAGGGUGAUCGGGAAAAGGCAUUCCCUGAAAAUGAAUGCAACGUGUCAAAGGAGGUGGCUGGUGUUAAGGUUACUUCUAGUAGAGGUAGGGAAAGACGAAGUGCCAAGUUGCAUGAUGUUGAAGUAUACCAGCGGAAGAAACCGUCUUCUUCUGGAUUGCCUCCGAAGAAUCCAAAUAAUAAGAACCAUAUUUCAGUGGCGGCCUUAGAUAAUUGUGAUGAAGUGGGACCAAAAAGUCCGGAAACACCUAUUCAGUCACAACCAUGGAGACAACUACGCACAUCAUCUGAACAGAUAGUACAAAAAUCUGCCUCCAUAAUUUCUAGAACAUUGUCACCAAAGACCGAAGGCUGUCAUAAGAAAAAAGUCGUCAGGCCUAAGGGACGGAAUAAAUCUGCUUCUGCUGGGAAAAGUUCGCGAUUAAAAGAUCCAAGUCACUUGACCAAGGGAAGCGGACAGAAAAAAUCAACUACUUCUCCUGAGUCAUCGAGUUUCAGAACAUCCAGAUCUGGCAGAUUGCUUGUACCUCCCUUAGAAUUUUGGCGCAAUCAAAUACCAAUAUAUGAUGCGGAUCAUGUGCUCAAAGAAAUUAAGGAUGGUGCAUCUUUGAUAUCACCUUGUAGGGUUUCUUCAUCAUCAUCGAGCAGGAAGGACUGACUUUGAUAGAGGUGGGAGUGUUGCUGAAUGGACGAUGAAGUACAGAAUGAUUAACUGUAGCAGCUGCUUAGUGGUUAGCAUUGUAUUGGAAGUGUAACCUACCUUCAUCAUUUGCUUGUAUUUUUAAAAUUUCCAUCGCUGAAAAGACUAUGCAUAUUUAUGUUGGUCUGUAGGACGUGGGUUAAAAGCUUUCGUACACUAUACUAACCAAGUU